AUGGCGACGGCGAUUGUACGUUCAGCUCUUUCCCGAUCAGCGAUCCGCGUAGCCCCGAGAACAUCCGUCGCUCCUAAGCGAAACAUGUCCUCUUCUGCCGGCCACGACGAUGCUUACGAAGCUGCGAAAUGGGAGAAGAUCACUUAUCUGGGUGCUGCUAGUUGCACUGCUCUAGCUGCCUAUAUUUUAUCCAAGGGUCAUCAUCACGGCGAGGAACCUCCUGCUUACCCGUAUAUGCACAUCCGUAACAAGGAGUUUCCUUGGGGUCCAGAUGGUCUGUUCGAAGUGAAGCACAACGAAGGGCACUGA